CCUCGGCCUAUCGAGGUAUUUCCAUGUCCUGAUAGUCUGGCGGCGUGCCAUGGAAUGAAGCGGAAACGUGCGACGGAGACAUGGGAACGGCAGGGUCUCCGCGGCGUGCGCUAUUUCGUGCUGGACGAAGCAGAUCGGAUGCUGGACAUGGGCUUCAUGCCGCAGGUCAGAGAGAUCGUCGGCUUGAUGCCGCCCAGGGAGUGGCGUCAGAAUCUGCUCUUUUCGGCCACCUGGCCCUCGGCGGUUCAUAGCCUCGCAGGCGAGAUUUUGGGCAAGACACCCGUUCGCAUCCGCAUUGAUCAAUCCGGAGACGAUGAGCUCAGUGCCAACACGAGCGUGACGCAGAUUGUGGAAAUUCCACGUGAGAAGAAGAAGCCCGCACGUCUCCUGGAGAUUUUGAAGGAGCACGGGGAUAAGAAGACCCUGAUUUUCGUCAACACCAAGAAAGGAGCUGCAUCUCUAGCGGAUGAGCUGCGCAGAGCCGGUGUGGUUCCUUGUGGCGAGAUUCACGGCAACCUUACGCAGCAGGAGAGACAAAAAGCACUAGAAGAUUUCACCAAGGGCUCCAGCAAGACACUGGUGGCCACAGAUGUGGCCGCCAGGGGUUUGGACGUGGAAGAUAUCACACUGGUGGUGUGUUAUGAUUUCCCUGACUCCAUGGCCGGCGGCAUGGAAGACUACGUGCACCGCAUUGGUCGCACGGGACGCGCUGGACGUCAAGGGCUCGCAGUCACUUUCUUCCCAGCACCAGAGGACGUGUCUGGCACGCGCUCUGCAGGCAACGCGCACGAGUUCAUUCAGCUCUUGCGCUCGGCAAAGCAACGGGUGCCGGAGGAGCUGGCAGCGUUGGACACUGGACCUGUGACCUCCAGUGUGGCGGCGCGCAAGGGCAAGAGCCAGUGCCGUGGAAAAGGUGGGAAAGGAAAAGGGAAGGAUAGUGGAAAGGCUGGUAGUGAGAAGGCUACUGUCGCAGGAGCUUCUGGAAUCAGCAUGGAAGGAGGUGAGGUGCAGCCGUUCCUCACCUUCAAGGAGGUGCCGAUUCUAAAAGAUCUGCGGAAGAAGUUGAGGAUCAGCGGCUUUCAGACGCCCAUGCCCAUUCAGGCCUAUGGCUGGCCUGUGAUUCUGGGCGGUCACGAUUGCAUUGGCAUUGCCAAGACGGGAAGUGGGAAAACUUUGGCAUUUUUGCUACCUGCGAUGCACAAAAUUCAUCACUGGCUAGAGGAGGCCAACGAUGAGGGAGCGGCUGGAGCAGGCGCUUUGGCGUUGGUGGUUGUUCCCACUCGAGAGUUAGCAGCUCAAAUCCAUCGAGAAGCUGAGCGCUUCGCGCCAUCCAGUCAGCGAGCUUGCUGUGUCUAUGGUGGUACUCCUUGGGAGUCUCAAGCUGCUGCUUUGGAGGCUGGGGUGGAACUCUUGGUGGCCACGCCUGGGAGGCUGGCCUUCCUCAUGGCUCGUGGGGGCGAAGCAGCCGCAAACACGGCCCGGGAAAUUGCCAGUUGUGGCUCUAGAGCCUUGGCUGCGGUAAGAAAGCAGCUCAGCGAAGCGCUGUCCACCUUUCAACGUUUCACUGCCAGCGGCGGACGCGUGACGCGUCACAUUUUCUCCACGCUGCUGAACGUUCACGUGCUCUGUGGCGACCUUCCUGGUGCGGUGAAGGUGUCGCAGAGCAUGGUGGACAACAACCUUCCACUGGGCGUGGUGGAGUACACCACGCUGCUGAAAGGUCAUUUUGCUGCAGGAGAUUUGGCAUCCGCCUGGAGAAUCGUGGAAGAGAUGCAGGCUGCGGGAGUGUCGGGAGACCUUCGCACCCUAAACACCUUCCUGCGCGGAUGCGUGAAGUUGGGUGCGCUGGGAGAUGCCGAGGACUUCUACAUAAGUGCCAAGAAAGCUGGUGGAAUCUACCCUGAUGCUGCCACAUACAAGCUUUUGGCACAGGUCCAUGGUCAACGAUUCCAGUUGAAGGCCCUGAUGAACUUGUUGAAAGAUGCCCAGAUGUCGGAUGCGACAGCCCAGCUUGAAAACACCGCAGGGCUGAAUCACUCCAUUGCGCAAGUCGCAUGCUUGUUGGGCAAAAAGCAGGUCGCCAAGCAAGCCUUGCACCAGGCCGAAGAAGCCCUUGAAGGGUCGAUUCUUGUACGUGGCAAUCCCCUCGUCAUGAUUCGAGGGGCGCAGAUCUUAUGCUUGCUGGUGGGGGCCACUUCUAGACCAGAAGUGCGGGCACCAGCGUCGGUUCUUUUUGAAGACGGCUGUGAUGGCGGCGAAUGUGGCACCGCGCUGCUGCAAAGCAGCAUGCAAGGUCACCGGCAGGCAGAAUCAAAAGUGAAAAGGAAGGCAGCUGAAUCCGUCGAAGAGGCAGUGGUUUUCUGGGAGAACUUGACGCAGAUGCUCGAAAACGCCGAGCUGGCUUUCGACCGUCUGAAAGGGGCCAUGAAGACAGGCAAGACCUUGAGACUGCAGCUUACUUCCCAGGAGGACCCAAAACUCCUGCAACUUCUCCGGGGACAUGUGGAGGGUUUUGCCUUCUGUGACGCCCAGCUGCAGCAGAUUUUGAGCCACGCAGAGCGACUGGAGAGCAGCGCUCGGCAGUGGAUGGAGUUGCACCAGAGAUGCACCCACCAAGCAGAACUCUUCAAGCAAGACCCGGCAGAGCACCGUGAGCUGCAGGAGAAGGUGGCUGAGUGCACAGCGCUGAACCAAGUGCUGCGAACCACACAAUGUGCGCGGGCCACCCGCAUCAGCGGCAUGUGCGAUACCUACCAGAUUCUUGGUUUUUGGCCAGUUCUGCUGAUUCUGCUGCAGUAUCAUCCCAAAAUG